CCCGGGCGCGGUUCGGUGGUCAUGCUCGAGCGCUUGGCGGCCACCUUCAAGUUGGAUGCGCAGCAACUCAUCGAGCAGUGCGCCUACCUUCGGCCCAUCGCCAAGAACCUGUACCAAGAUAGAAAGGACUCCGCGACCGCUUGGCUCGGGGCAGUGUCCAGAAUUCUUCAGGACCCGCAGAACCGCGCGACGCACCCGAUGAACGAGAUGGCGCAUUGCCUGGCAGAGUGGAGGACGUAUCUCGCAACCACGGCUGGCGUAGAGCAGGGCUUCAGCACGUCGCGGAAGUGCAUCCAGAACUGCCAGCUCCACAUGGGGGAGCCGCUGGAGAACACCUACUGCAAGAUAAUCCAUGAGAAGCCGGACGACAUGGGCAAGCUGAUCGGCCGCGCCCAGGAGUUGUACGUGCAAGUGAUCGGGAAAAGCCGUUCGCCGGCGACGCAGCCUUUGUUGCAGAAGGGCGUCCGGCGCACGGGCCGAAGCAAGGGCAAUCAGGGCAAGACCGAGAAAAAGUGGCUGAAGGCGAGGAGGAAAUCUGUAAAACAUGCAGCGAAAGGAACGGAGGUCGACAUGCAGGCGCUCAAGAGGAAGCACGCUGGCACGCUGAGCGAGAAGCAGACGUCCGAGUUGAAGUUCCAGAAGGACAAGCGGCAGAGGCUCAAAGUGGACGCGCUGAACCGCGGCAACUUGCUCGCCACCGACGUCGACGAUAAACUCCUCGAGAGCCAGGUGGAGCGCCAAGCCUUGCAGAAGAAAGCUGAUCGGGAGCUCAUCAACACUAUGAAGAACAGGGAGAAGGCCAAGGCCACCGCGACCAUCCACAUCACGAGGGAGACGUUCGCCAAUCGGAAAGUGUACAUCGACGACACGGUUCGCGAGGAGGCCGCGGGGGCCAAUGCGAAGGUCACUCGCAUGGGCGCGACGGUGGUCUCUGAGCGGCAGAUGGCCGACAUAUUCAUCGUCGCGAAUCCUACUGACGUCUCUCGCAGGGCCAUGGUCGCCGCCAUCCUCCGCGGUGGCUGGGUGAUGGCACCGAAGACGUUGGACCGCCUGGGCAAGGCGGCGCAGGGCGUUGUCAUUAAGUACAGGCCUGCGGUGUACAAGCCCGUUCACCUGUGGAUCUCGCCCGAGUUCAAGAAGGAUCGUCCGGCGCUGGCAUCCAUGGUGCAGCGCAUGGCCACGAGCGUGCCGCUGGGCAAAUGGAAGAUCAUCCCAGGCAACACCCCCGUGCUCUUCCACGCCGUGCGCAAGGAGAAGCGUAACAACGUGGUGGCGCUG